CCGUCCUCGGACUACGAGCUGUUGUUGUCAGUACGUUUCGUCGCCCGCCGUGGGACGGAGGAAGCGCGAGCGUAGUCCGUUGGGCGAAGGGUCUUCGGAACUUACAGGAAAGGGGUGCGGGCCACGAGACGCAUAGCGAUCGGCUGCCCUCUGUAGUGGCUGGGUUGGCGCUUCUUCGCUGAAGAGGCCGGUCUGCGUUCCUCUAUCCGGUGUGGUUGUAGACGGCGAACGCUGAAGUGGAACCUUCGCUUUCCAUGCAGGAAGCGGCGGAUAGAAAGUCGAGGCCGCGACAAAAGGGAAGCCUGCCGCCGUCACCAGUAGCGAGAGAAAUAACAGUGGAAGAAUGUGAAACUGGUCUUGGUACUGGAAAUAGAAAUGUCAGCAGAUGAAUCUUCUAAAAAUAUGAAGAAACCUUGCAACUUGAUGAUCAAAACAUAACUAAGAUGUUACCUUUGAGAAGGGCAUUGCCAAGGAGUGUCUGGCAGCGAAGAUGAGUUGUAUAUCUAUUUCAGAGAUACUUAUAUGAAAAAACACAAGUUUUAUAAAGUGUCAGCAUUACUACUUGGAGAGUAUGGCAGGUUUUAAACGAGGAUAUGAUGGAAAAAUUGCUGGAUUGUAUGAUUUGGAUAAAACCUUAGGCAGAGGACAUUUUGCUGUGGUGAAGCUUGCCCGACAUGUAUUUACAGGUGAAAAAGUGGCAGUAAAAGUAAUUGACAAGACCAAGUUAGAUACUCUUGCCACUGGACAUCUUUUCCAAGAAGUCAGAUGUAUGAAACUAGUGCAACAUCCUAAUAUUGUUCGUCUGUAUGAAGUUAUUGACACCCAGACCAAACUUUAUCUGAUCUUAGAACUUGGUGAUGGAGGAGAUAUGUUUGAUUACAUCAUGAAACAUGAAGAAGGUCUUAAUGAAGAUCUGGCAAAGAAAUAUUUUGCUCAGAUUGUUCAUGCUAUAUCCUACUGCCAUAAACUGCAUGUCGUUCACAGAGACUUAAAACCAGAAAAUGUUGUUUUUUUUGAAAAACAAGGACUUGUGAAAUUAACUGAUUUUGGGUUUAGCAACAAAUUUCAACCUGGAAAAAAACUUACAACAAGCUGUGGCUCUCUUGCAUAUUCUGCUCCUGAAAUUUUACUUGGUGAUGAAUAUGAUGCACCUGCAGUAGAUAUAUGGAGUCUGGGAGUUAUUCUUUACAUGUUGGUAUGUGGACAACCACCUUUUCAAGAAGCAAAUGAUAGUGAAACUUUGACCAUGAUAAUGGAUUGUAAAUACACAGUACCAUGUCGGGUAUCCAAAGAAUGUAAAGAUUUAAUUACACGAAUGUUGCAGAGAGAUCCCAAACGAAGGGCAUCUUUGGAAGAAAUUGAAAAUCACCCUUGGCUACAAGGAGUUGAUCCAUCACCUGCAACAAAAUAUAAUAUUCCUUUGGUUUCAUAUAAAAAUCUUUCAGAGGAAGAGCACAAUAGCAUCAUACAGCGCAUGGUUCUUGGAGAUAUUGCAGAUCGAGAUACUAUUGUGGAGGCUCUGGAAACUAAUAAAUACAAUCACAUCACUGCCACCUACUUUUUACUAGCAGAGCGGAUUUUAAGAGAGAAACAAGAAAAAGAAAUACAAACCAGAUCAGCAAGUCCAAGCAAUAUAAAAGCGCAGUUUAGACAAUCAUGGCCAACAAAAAUUGAUGUUCCCCAAGAUUUAGAUGAUGACCUUACAGCUUCUCCAUUGUCUCAUGGAGCUGUUCCCCAAUCUCCUGCUCGUAGUGCUGAAAAUGUUCUUAAUGGACACAGAAGUAAGGCACUUAAUGAGUCAGCCAAGAAAGAGGAUAUUCCUGAAUUAGCUGGACCAGCACUUUCAGUUGUUCCCUCAGUGAAUUUAAAACCUACAACUAGUAGUCGGAAGUGCUUGUUUAGAGUGGAAGAAGAUGAAGAGGAGGAUGAAGAAGAUAAAAAAACUGUUUCUCUGUCAAAUCAAGUUGUUCUGCGUCGUAAGCCUUCCGUUACAAAUCGUCUAACUUCCCGAAAAAGUGCCCCAGUUCUUAAUCAGAUUUUUGAAGAAGGGGAAUCUGAUGAUGAAUUUGAUAUGGAUGAGAAUUUGCCUCCCAAACUUAGUCGUCUAAAAAUGAAUAUUGCUUCACCCAGCACUGUGCAUAAACGUUACCACAGAAGGAAAAGUCAGGGUCGUGGAUCUAGUUGUAGUAGCUCAGAAACAAGUGAUGAUGACUCAGAAAGUAGGCGACGUCUAGAUAAAGACAGUGGAUUUACUUAUUCCUGGCAUAGAAGAGAUAGUAGUGAAGGUCCUCCAGGAAAUCAAGGAGAUGGAAGUGGACAAGGAAAACCAAGCAAUGGAAAUGGAGGGAUUGACAAAACAAGUCCUGGUGAUAAUCAUAAAGAGGGUGGAAGUCCUUCCAGUAGUUCUAGUGGAAGCACAAAUAACAAUUCAGGUUCCACUCGCAGAUGUGCAGGAUCUGGUAAUUCAGUGCAGUUGUCAUCAAGAAGUGCAGGUGAUCUGGUUGAAAGUCUCAAGUUGAUGAGCAUUUGUUUAGGUUCUCAGAUUCACAGUAGCACUAAGUACAUAAUUGAUCCCCAAAGCAACAUUUCAUUUUCCAGUGUGAAGGUGCAGGAGAAAUCAACAUGGAAAAUGUGCAUAAGUUCUGGGAGUGUAAAUCCAGUUUCAUCUUUGAGCAGCAUAAAAUUAUUUUCUGACCAAAUGUCAGAUGCAGCAAAUGAAUUAGAACGAAUAAAGAACAAGAACUUGAAAAAUAAUGUGCUACAACUACCUCUAUGUGAAAAAACAAUAUCUGUGAAUAUUCAGCGAAACCCGAAGGAGGGACUAUUAUGUACAUCAGGUCAGACAACUUGUUGUCAUGUUGUUUGACAAUAAUCAUAUUUAACCCAUUCUACUUGACAUCACCAAUCUUCCUGUUCAGAGCUGUGAAUACUUUAUUUCACUGAACCUUUUGUUAUCUUUGUCUUAUUAUGUUAACAUAGGCUUUAAGCAGUAAUUUAUUACAGUUUAGUUUUGCGUGUUAUGACAAUGCAUGAUACUGUGCAUGUUGCUAGCCAGUAAUUUCUUUUGUUCCAAACCCAAGAUUUGUGUAAUUUUCUUUCUAAUUUUAUUCUAGAAAAUCUGGAUUAUAGUAAGGCUCAUGUCCAAAUCCAGUAUAAAUUAAGCACUUGGUAGUUUCAUAUUCUGCACUUAAUUAGAAACAGAUUUUUUAUUUCUUAGUAAGACGUCAAAUUUUCUUUGGAUCUUCUGUGUUACUUAAAAUACAUGAGAUGUGGUAUAAUUAUCUGUGUUUGCAACAGAACCAAAGCAAUAAAACUUUGAUACUUAAAUCUCUUCUGGAGCUUUCAGAAUUUCAAGGCUUGUACAAAGCAAAAGUGCACUGAAAAGUUAUCUUGAAAUCUUGAUUUUUAAUCCCACAUCUUUGUCUUAAAUGCACGAGUGAUGGCUGAAAUGAAGAUCUUGAUUUGAUAUAGACAAGAUUUUUUAAAAAAAAUAAUCUCUAAGGCAGCUUUCCCCACAAUUAAAUGCAGACAAUCUUUUUUAAAAAGAAUUAUCUAACAAAGGAAUAGUAUAAUUUUUUCCCCAUCCAGGGGAAAGCAUUCAUUACUGGUAUAUAUCGGUUGUAAAGUAUUGUGCAAAAUAUUUAAAAUGGACCAAUUUGUGGUAGCUGAGAUCUGUUUCAAUAAAUAGAUCUUUAGUUGAUAUCUUUUCCAAUAAAUCAUUUCAUAUAUAGUAACUGUUGAUACCGAAAAAGCAAAGUUUGUUUUUUCCCAAAUCUACUUUCCAUUAUGCCCUUCAAUGUUUUAUUAUUAAUGGAAUGGUCAUAAAGAGUUGACUAAGGACAUAAUAAAGUAAUUUGAGCAUGCAGGUAAAUGAGACAAAAUAGGUAAUUGUCACUUUUGUAUAGUGUUAAUUUUAUCAGAAAUGCUUCAGAACACUGUAAGGUAUACAGUCAAUUCAGCCAGUCAUUUUUAGUAAAAGAGAGUAAGAAUAGUUGCUGGAAUCUGAAUAAGAGUCUGUUCAGAUUAUCAGAGCCUAAUUGGAAUACUUUUAAUAUGCUCCAUGGCAAGAUAGGUGGCAAAUAAAGUUGAUAAUAAUAUAUCCUCAAUUUCUCCCCAUGGAUUUAAAAUGCACCAUAGAUUAUUUUUACUGGAAAAUAAAUUUUAAGUGGACAUUAAGUUUGGGAUGUGGUAUUUAAUUUGCUUUAAAAAUUCUCCAAAUCAAAUCAGUAACACAAGUUGGCAUGGAGCAAUUUUCUUUCCUUCUUGACUAUUUGCUUUUUAAAAAUCCCUUACUACUGAAAUGCCAGCAAAUGAAUGUUUGGGCACUUUUUCUGUUAAAAAUACUUUUGACUAGAUGAAUUAACUUUUCUGAAUAUAUAUCUAGGAUAAAAUAAAAUAUACCCAAUUUGGGAAAAUAUAAGAAUAUUAUUAUUAUUUUGCUCUGUGCACUGGGUCUUCAAAGCAAUGCUAUAAGAACUGAUGGUAUUAUGUAGCAGCAACUCAGACAGUUGUCCGAGAGAGUUUACAUUCAGUGCAUUCAGAAAAUAUUCAGACCUCCUUCACUUUUCUCAAUUUUGUUAUGCUACUGAUUCUACUGUUAUUGAAAUUCAUUUUUUCUCAUUAACCUACAUUCAAUACC